AUGGAGGUCGCUCAUACCUCCAUGAUCCAUGCGGCUGCUCCCCAUUUUCUGUGGCCGUUUGCGGUCCGGUACGCUGCGCAUCAGCUCAACCUCUGGCCCCGUGUCUCCAUGCCGGAGACCUCGCCUACACUGCGUUGGACGGGGGAGGUUGGCGAUGCGUCGGUGUUCCGGGUCUGGGGCGCUUGUGCCUUGGUCCGCGAUAUUUCCGCGGACAAGCUCUCCUCUCGCGCCAUUCCACCUGUCUUCCUUGGCUUCCCCCCUAACACGUAUGUCUGGCAGUUUUACCACCCCACGUUGUGCCGUGACUUUCCCUCUUAUGACGCCACGUUCGACAAGUCGGUUCCCUUUUACCGUCUCUUCCCCUACCGCACUGCCCCUCUCCCCCCCCCCCCGCCGCUCUUCCUCGCUCCAGGUCCCCCUCCGGUAGACCCCCUCCCCCCUCAGGGUCCUGCUCCUUCAGGUGUGUCUCAGGUAGACCCACUCCCCUUGGUUGAGCCUGUCGAGGUCACUGGUGACUCUGGUGCUGCUCGGGGUGCUGCGUCUUGGGGUGCUGAGCCUACGUGUGCGGAGCCUGAGCGUGUGGAGCCUGGGGGUGCUGAGCCUGCGGGUGCGGAGCCUGGGGGUGCUGUGUCUAGGGGUACUGCGUCUACACUACGGGAGCCUCUCUCACCACAGCAGCUGCGCGAGUGGUACGCUCGGCGCACCCGCCUUCGGAGUGGCGCUGCUGGAGCUGGAGGCCCAGGAGCUGCUAGUCCUGGAGAUGCUGGUGGUGCCUCGUCACAGCAGUCUAGCUGGCGCGAGCCUCUCUCACCACAGCAGCUGCGCGAGUGGUACGCUCGGCGCACCCGCCUUCGGAGUGGCGCUGCUGGAGCCGGAGGCCCUGUCGCUGGAGGCACUCACUCAGGAGGCACUAAUGCCGGAGGCCCUGCCGCUGGAGACGCUGGCACUGGAGGCUCUGGAGUUGGAGACCCUGGAGCUGGAGGCACUAGAGCUGGAGGCGCUGAAGCUGGAGGCGCUGGCGCUCGAGGCGCUAGAGAUGGAGGCGCUGGGGCUGGCGGCCUUGGAGCCGGAGGCCCUGGAGGUGGAGGCGCUGGGGUUGGAGACGCUGGAGUUGGAGGCUCUGGAGCUGGAGACACAGUAGCUGGAGUUACCGGAGGAGCUGGUGCUGCUGGUGCUGGAGGUGCUGGUGGUGCUGGCACUGCUGGUCCCCGAGGUGCUCGUUUUGGAGGUGCUGGAGCUGCCGGAGCUGGUGGUGCUGCAGGCUCUAGAGCUGGAGGCACUGGAGCUGGAGGCGCUGGAGCUAGAGGCACUGGAGCUGGAGGUGCUGGAGCUGGAGGCGCUGGAGCUAGAGGCCCUGGAGCUGGUGGUCUUGGAGCUGCUGGAGACGGUGGGGCUGCUGGUACUCGUACUGGAGGUGCUGGUGCUGGUGGUACUGGUGCUGGUGGUACUGCACAGCAGUGA